AAGAGCAAACAGGCGAUCAGCCACGCGCACACAGCACACGCACACGCACACGCAUCACAACACACGCACCACACGCACAUCAUGGAGCUGGAUCGGCAGUCAAAGGUGGUGGACGCAGACGCGUUGAGCAAGUACAGGGCCGCGGCAGCCAUUGCCAACGACUGUGUUCAGCAGCUCGUGGCCAACUGCAUCGCUGGCGCAGACGUGUACACCCUCGCUGUUGAGGCAGACACAUACAUUGAGCAGAAGUUGAAGGAGCUGAAGGCAGGGGUUGAGGUUGGCAGCUUACCGACAUGCCUUGCAGUCAACAACUGCACGGGAUACAACAGCCCCAUCAAGGCUGGCGAACAGAUGCUGAAGCCUGGUGACAUUGUCAAGAUCACCACGGGCUGCCAUGUGGAUGGUCACAUUGCUGUCAACGGGCACACGCAUGUUGUGGGCGUGCUGGACAAGCCCAUGACAGGCCGCCAAGCAGAUGUCGUCGUUGCCACACACUGCGCCGCCGAGGCAGUACACCGCAUGCUGCGCCCAGGCCUCAAGAGCGAGGCCAUCCCACACAUGAUUGAGACGAUUGCGUCAUACUUCCGGUGCAAGCCCGUGGCGACCAACUACACGUGCAACAUGCGGCGAUUUGUGCUUGAGGGCGACAAGAUUGUGCUCAACGGCAAGUCUGAGGACUGCCCGCCGCCGUUUGUCGUGGAGGAGGAUGACGUCUUCAACGUCGACAUCAUGCUCUCGACCGGAGCAGGCAGCGUCCGCGACAGGGGCGCCCGCCCCACAGUGUACCAGCGCGACCUCAACCAGCGGUACGACCUGCGCACGCGCGCUGCCCGCUCGCUGUACUCGCAGGUCACGGCGCGGCACCCGUCCAUGCCCUUCUCCAUCCGCGGGUUCGCCCUCAAGGACAGGCUCGGCCUCAAGGACUGUCUGGACCACAAGCUGCUGCUGCUUCCGUAUGACAUCAACUACGAGCGGGAGGGCGAGUUUGUUGCACAGAUCAAGUUUACGGCCAUUGUCAAGGCCGAGGGCACGCUCAGGCUCUGCAGCCACCCGCCCCCAUACGUCAGGACAAUCUACGAGAUCAAGAGCAAAGAGGUGCAGGAGCUGCUGCAGGAGGACGCCCCCAAGGAAGGCCCAACAACACCGCUCCCCGUCAACUGCAAGCCUGAGGAGUUCCAGGCCGUGCAAGCAGAGGAGUGAACGCGUCUGCGCGCUCACGUGACAUGGGCUGAUUCUUUGCGGUUGAUGUUUCUUGUUCAUGUACACAAAUACGUCCCUACAUACACGCGCAGUACAAUGGUGAACAAAACAGAAGUGGUGGCAAUGAAAG